GCAUGUCACAUCAGCUGAGGUGUCAUCGAUAACACACACCUAUCGACAAUCGCCCCAAUUGGAGGCGAAAGAGGAAGACCAGCAGCAAUAUGAAUUCCCUGGCCAGGAUCGGUAGCUUCGUUUGCCAAUCGGUGCAAAUAGCCGGCUGCGGAAUGCAGCAGGUGCGCACCAAGUACGCCGACUGGAGGAUGAUACGCGAUGUCAAGCGGCGCAAGUGCGUCCGGGAGAACGCGGUGGAGCGGCUGCGGGUCAACUCGCUCCGCAAGAACGACAUCCUGCCAGCGGAGCUGCGGGAAGUGGCCGACGCCGAGAUAGCCGCCUUUCCCCGCGACUCCUCGCUCGUCCGUGUCAGGGAGCGCUGUGCGCUUACGUCACGCCCUCGCGGAGUCGUACACAAGUACCGGCUGAGCCGGAUAGUCUGGCGGCACCUGGCCGACUACAACAAGCUGUCCGGCGUGCAGCGCGCCAUGUGGUAGUGUCCCUGUUAGCCCUCUAAGCGAAAUAAACCAUUGUUUAAGCCGG